AUGCUCCUCUGUCCGUCUCCCUCUCUCCUUCACCACCAAGACCCUCAAACUAACCUUCCAUUCUCCUGCCAAAAAGUCUGCCCGUCCUGCUCCAACUCCCUCAUCAUCACCACCGUCCCGGCCGCACACUGCACGCCUCUCGACCGCGCCGACGCCGGCAAAAACCGCUUCGAAUGCCGCACCUGUCCUUAUCAAAUGGUCCUCGACCGAAGAUACUACGAACGGAAAUCCAUGACGCUGAAACCCGUCGAGGACAUCUUGGGAGGCGCGGAGAGUUGGAAGAAUGUGGAUAAGACGGAGGCGAAAUGUCCCACCGAGAGCUGCGAUUCCCGCAUGGCGUAUUUCCGUCAAGUGCAGAUUCGCAGCGCCGAUGAGCCGUCGACGAGUUUUUACAAGUGCGUCAAGUGUACGCGGGAAUGGCGGGAGAAUUAG